UUCCAGUUUGAACCUGAGAGCCUUGAAAUGGAAAGAAAUGCAAGAAUGAGAGGAUGAAGAGGACAAACUGAGGAAGAGGAGGGAUGAAGAAGCUGGCUGGAAAUGCUAACGGGACGGCUAGCUGCUAAGAGGAGCGGUUUAAGGCAUGGCGUGGCUGCUCCAGAGUCGUGGCUCUCCCAGGUUGGUGCUGGUGGUGGUCUGCGUUGCUCUGCUGCUCGACAACAUGCUGCUCACCGUCGUCGUUCCCAUCAUCCCAACCUUCCUGUACGCCAUGGAGCAUCCGGAACCACAGACCGUCCCGGACGCCGCGCCCUCCCGGACCUCCAGCAGCAGAACCGCCACCCCGGGUCCAGAGGCGCAGCAGAACCCCCGGCCACCCCCGAUGGUGUCUUUAUUUAACAAUGUGACCUUUGACCUGCAGGAGAGCCGAGCUGAGGCUGCUGCAGAGCUGCUGCUGGCCAACCAGACCUCCAACAUGUCGGACUCCUCUUGUCUUCAGGACAGUGUUUUCCUGGAGAAGGAAAAUGUCCGGGUUGGUUUGUUGUUUGCCUCUAAAGCUUUGGUCCAGCUGCUGGUCAACCCGUUUGUUGGUCCGCUCACCAACAGGAUCGGUUACCACAUCCCGAUGUUCGCAGGAUUCAUCAUCAUGUUUGUUUCCACCAUCAUGUUUGCUUUCUCAGGGACGUACGUGCUGCUGUUCUUCGCCCGCUCGCUGCAGGGAAUCGGCUCGUCCUUCUCGUCUGUUGCGGGUCUGGGGAUGUUGGCCAGCGUCUACACCGACGAUGACGAGCGAGGCGUGGCGAUGGGCGUCGCCCUGGGAGGGCUCGCCAUGGGAGUCCUGAUCGGAGCGCCGUUUGGCAGCGUGAUGUAUGACUUUGUGGGGAAGAGCGCCCCCUUCCUGAUCCUGGCCUUCCUGGCUAUGUUUGACGGAGCGUUGCAGCUGUGCAUCCUGCAGCCCUCUAAGAUCUGCCCUGGGAGCGUGGAGGGAACGCCGCUACUGACCCUGCUGAAAGACCCGUACAUCCUGAUCAGCGCAGGGUCUCUGUGCUUCGCCAACAUGGGCGUGGCCAUCCUGGAGCCCACGCUGCCCAUCUGGAUGAUGCAGACCAUGUGUUCCCCCAAGUGGCAGCUCGGAAUGGCCUUCCUCCCGGCCAGCGUCUCCUACCUGAUUGGAACCAACCUGUUCGGACUUCUGGCCAACAAGAUGGGACGGUGGCUCUGCUCCAUGGUGGGAAUGUUUGUCGUCGGAGUCAGCCUGCUGUGUGUUCCCUUCGCCACCAGUAUCUACGGUCUGAUUGGUCCAAACGGCGGCCUGGGCUUCGCUAUCGGGAUGGUGGACUCCUCCAUGAUGGCCAUCAUGGCGUACCUGGUGGACAUCCGCCACGCCUCGGUUUACGGCAGCGUGUACGCCAUCGCCGACGUGGCGCUCUGCAUGGGCUUCGCCAUCGGCCCGUCCACCGGGGGCGCUCUGGUCCAGGCGGUGGGCUUCCCCUGUCUCAUGGUGUUCAUCGGGGUGAUCAACAUCCUGUACGCACCGCUCUGCUUCCUGCUGAGAAACCCGGCUGUUCGGGAGGAGAAGAUGGCGAUCAUCGACCAGGAGUGUGUGAUGCACAGGAAAAGCUACAACACGACCAGAGACAGCCGCGAGUUUCCUCUCAGCGACUGGAGUGAAGAAGAAGAUGAAGAGGAAACGGAGGAGUGAGGCGCUCGCGUCCCGCCGUGGCGUCUCCCAAAGACACGUCUUCCCACUUCCUGUCCAGAGACAGGCCGGCUCGGUUCCAGCUGGAGGACAACCUGCAGGGUGUGAAUACUUUAAAGACGCCUCAGCGGCUUCAGCUGCAGUCGCUGCUGGUUCCUCAUGUUGUUCUGUGUUUGUGCAAAAAUAACAGGACGCUUCAACAGGC